UGUAGGAGUGUAGGACUUAAUAGAGUUCAGUGGAGAGAGGACGCGAUCCCGUGCUUUUGCUUUCUCUGUCGAAACGUUCGGGUCCUACAGACCAUAAUGGAGUCAGCGUUCUAGUAUUCCAGUAAUUAGUGAGCUCUGUGGUUCAAUCAAAACAUACAUACUACCAGAGAACAGAUACUACCACGGAUACUUCACAUCAUAAUCGUCGUUGACCAGUUUGUACAUUCAUCCUGUACAUUCAUUUUCAUGGUGUGCCAAAUAAGUGGAGAAAAUAUUUGUUUUCAAAUCACUUCUGAAAUAAACAGCGUCGUAAAACUGUUUAAGGAACAAUGAACGCACCUCCAACGUUCGAAUCAUUUCUUCUUUACGAAGGCGAAAAAAAAAUUGUCAAAGAACAGGAUACAAAAGUUCCAAAUGCCGCUAUAUUUACCGUUAAUAAGGAAGAUCAUACUCUAGGAAAUAUGAUCAGGAAUCAAUUACUGAAGGACCCUCAAGUCCUCUUUGCAGGAUACAAACUACCUCAUCCCUUGGAACACAAAUUUGUGAUAAGAAUUCAAACCACAUCGGACUAUACUCCACAUGAAGCCUUCAUGCAUGCUAUAACGGAUCUGAUUGCGGAACUUUCCCUUUUCGAAGAACGAUUCAAAGAAGCUGUGAAAGAAAAAAAAGAGGGGCUGGAUUGAAUACUGCUAUAAUUACUUAGAAAUAAACACUUGUUGAAAACCAA